UAGAUACGUUCCUGGGUCGUACGAUGGUAAAACGUCGAUGGUGGGGAAUAAGAGGGACAGGAGAGGGUUGUGGAGUUUCAGAAAAGAAACUGCCGGCUGAGCUGGAAACGAACGCGAGGUAAGGUGAAGGGGGACACGACAGCACGCCACUUGAAGUCACCGUGACUGCAUGUGUUACUAUGCUACGGUAUCGCCCUCGACGGUGAUCGAGGAAACGAUGAUGAACCGUAUUGUCGUGCUCUACAAUUUUACUUCGAAGAGGGCGACUAUAUCGUCAUUUUACACGAUACAACGCCCAAAAGCAAUUCGAGAAAGAUUAGAGUUCUUACGGACAAGAAACUUGAUGGAGUGAUCGGUGGGGAUGCAAGAAUGAGAUCUGAUAAUAAAGAUAUCGUAGAACCGAUAAACAUUAAAAACACUACCUUCGCACUUCGGCACAUCGAAUUUUUGAGAUUUUCAGUUUCAGCUGCCGACAAAUCGACAGCAAAAUUUGAAAAGAUCAAAUAACACGCUGCGUCCCCGAGACAGCAUUCAUUUCCUAAUAUAGAAAUUCAGAACGCGGUGAACAAAAGUAUAGCAUUAUCAUGGUUCGCGUAAUUAGUCAGGAAACCUAUGACGAAGUUGUUCAUGAAAAUAUGGAGCAAUUUUCGAUGACUCCGGAAGAAGCUAUAGAAGACGCGGUAAAACAAUUAGAAGCUCAGGGUAUAGACUUGAGCAAUAUCAUUAAAGAUUUAAUUCUCAAUGAUGACAAUGAAUUAAUUACAUCUUGUUUAAAUCAAAUUAAUAUUGCAAUAGAAGAUCAAAAUUAUGGAAAUAUUCAUCAUACAUUAGACAAAUUGAGAAUUCAAUUAGAUAAAGAUAUUGCACGUAGAGUAUAUGCAGGAAGAAAUGGGGCUUAUAAUAGUUUAAUAAAAUUAAUGAAAGCAUGCCUUAAUAAUGGUACAAUAAUAAAGGCAGCAUUGAAAACUAUUACUUCAUUGAUGACUGGUAAUCCAGAUUUAUUAAAUGAUGAGGGAAUAGCCUUACAAAUACAGAUUUUAGAUAAUUAUCCAGACAUUCCAACAUUACAGUGUCUUUUACGGUGGAUAAGAGAAUGUUGUAUAAAGCAUGAGAAUAAUAGACAAAAUAUUUUUAAUGCAGAUAUUUUUAAUAAGCUUAAAAAAAUAUUAAUUCGAGAUAAUGCAUCUGGACCUGAGUUAAGAGAUGCUUGUGCUGUAAUUAGAGCUCUGGUAUUAGAUGAUGAUAUUAGACAUGAAUAUGGAAAAGCACAUGAGCAUGCAAGUAUUAUUGCAAAGGGAGCCCUCAAUGUUCUUACUGGAUUGAUGCCAAGAUAUAAAAAAGAUAAAGGGGUUGUAGGUGAUUUAAUGAUAACUUUAGCAGCAUUAAUAGUGAGAAAUGAAUUUUGUCAAGAAGUAGAGGAUGCAGGAGGGUUAAAAUUUGUUAUAGAUGUCAUGAUCGAUUAUCCAGAUUCAGAGAAAUUAAAUUGGCAGGCUUUAAAAUUAUUAAAAGCUCUUGCUGGAAAUGAUAAUGUGAAAUCUCACAUUGUAACUUCAGGCUGUGGCCCUUUAAUUGUUUCUGUCAUAAGUAGACUCAAAGAAUCUGAGUGUGUAGUGACCGCAGGACUUGCAUGCAUUUCCGCAUUAACACUGAGGUGUCCCUCAAACGCUGGUGUGUUUUAUGAUUGCGGAGCACCGCUUAUAAUCAUAGAUGCGAUGAAAGCUUAUUCUAAAAGCGUGAAUGUUUUGAAACAAGCUGCUUGGGCUAUUCGAAAUAUGUCUGUAAGAAAUAAGGCAGAAUGUUCAGAAUUUAUUACUCAUGGUGUAGAGGACGUUUUGACAAGUGCUCUUCAACAACAUGGUUCUAAGCUCGAAAGUGACGUAAAGGCGGCUUUGAGAGAUCUGGGAUUGAAAGUGGAAUUGAAAGAAGAAUGGACCGGAAAAGGUACAUCCUUAAACAAUGGGAUUAAUUAAUCGGUAUCAUGUAUAUUUUGCAAAUAUUUCAAAUUUUUGUACAUCUUACUUUGAAAAAUGAUAAAUAUACAUGUGAAAAAUUAACGGCUGAUAUUAGUAUUUUUCGUAGCAAUACAUUAUAUGUAUUGUUUUUGUAAUUUGUUUUUUUAUAUAUAUAUUGAUGUAUAUUUAUGCGUUGUAUAUUAUUAUAAAUUUAUA